UCUUGUUACUUGAAAGUUCAUCUCUGUUGACUCUUGCUUCUGUGUAUGGAGCAUGGACCCUUCUCUCGGCUCCAACAAGCGUCCGCCUGAUCGCACCUUCGACCUCCCCACUCCCACCCCCAAGCGUCGCCCCCAUCCUCCGCCGGCACCCUCGCCGUCCGCCGCUUCUGCCUCCGACAUCGUCUUCCGUAUUCUAUGCCCGGCAUCUAAGACCGGCGCCCUCAUUGGCAAGGGCGGGUCUGUCAUUCGCCACUUCCGAGAGCUUACCGGAGCCAGAAUUCACGUUGAUGACUCUGCUGCUUCCUCCUCUGAUGAGCGUAUCAUUGUUAUUGCUUCCAAUGCCAGCUCUGCUUUUCCUGCUGAGCAGCAGCAUGGCACCCUUUCGUCUAACAAUUCAAAUUCCGGUGCCGGCGACUGCGAUGAUGGCUCGCCUGCUCAGCAAGCUUUGAUUAGGGUUUUCGAGAAGAUGGCAAGGGUGGAUGAGGACAAACCUGAGGACAAUAAUAAUAAUGGUGGUGGAAGUGAGAUUAAGAAUUCGGUAACUUGUAGGUUGCUGGCGCAGAGUAAUCAGGUUGGGUGUGUUCUUGGGAGAGGAGGGAAGAUUGUGGAGAAAAUAAGGCAGGAGACUGGGGCUCAGAUCCGAGUUUUGCCGAAGGAUCAACUUCCAGCUUGUGCGUCUCCGGGAGAUGAAUUGAUUCAGAUAACAGGACACCUAAUAGCCGUAAAGAAGGCACUCCUCUCUGUUUCAAGUUGUCUCCAGGAUAACCCGAGAGUUGAUGCAGUCAAUUCUGGUGCUUUUAAGCCUUCUGGAGGACCCCAUGGUGCUGCGCCACCGGCACAGGUUGAUCCUUAUCCUCACCGGGGUUAUGCAUCUGGCAUAUAUGCUCAUGAUCAUCAUUCCAGAGGUUAUUCUUCUUUUCCAGGGCCUGCAGGCAUGGGGGCUGGUCAUCGAAUGUUUGUGGAAGAGGAGGUUGUCUUUAAGAUGUUGUGUCAACAAGAUAAAGUUGGUAGUCUUAUUGGGAAAGGUGGAUCUGUAGUGCGGUCUUUGGAAAGUGAGACUGGUGCAUCUAUCAAAAUUGCUGAUUCUGAUUCAGAUGAGCGUGUUGUUGUUAUAUCUGCACGAGAGAAUCCAGAGCAAAAGCAUUCCCCUGCACAGGAUGCUGUUAUUCGUGUCCAUUGUAGACUUGCUGAGAUUGGAUUUGAACCAGGUGCUGCCCCUGUUGCUAGGCUGCUUGUACCUUCACAGCAGAUAGGUUGCUUGUUGGGCAAGGGAGGUUCUGUUAUCUCUGAAAUGAGAAGAGCUACAGGUGCUAAUAUACGUAUUUUCCCUAAAGAACAGGUUAAAUGUGCUUCCCAGAAUGAAGAAAUUGUACAGGUUAUUGGGAAUUCACAAUCUGUGCAGGAUGCUUUGUUUCACAUAACCAGUAGAAUUCGAGAAACCAUUUUCCCGAUAAAGGCACCUCCUCCAAAUUUUGGCCCACCUCCUCAUAUGCCACCAUUCUCAGAAAUGCCUCCUCCUUUGUAUAGACCAAGAAAUCAUCCCAUGUCCUCUAGUCACCCUCCUCAAGUUGGACCUCCGCAUGGAAUUGACCACUCGGCUGUUCCCUCGCAGCCUAUUGAUCCUCAACAUUCAUAUUUUCAUGGUGCGGGCCGUGGUCCACCAAACAUGGAUCGAGUUCCCUAUCCUCAUGGAUAUGAAGGACCAAAUUCUCCAAGAUCGUGGCACCCGCAGGCGGUUAGCAGGGGAAAUCCUGGGGCUGAUGCUUCCAGUGUGACUUCAAGAACUAUGCCCCCUCCAAGGAAUGGAAAUCCAUUGCACAAUAUGACGAGCACCACUGUGGAGGUCACCAUCCCCCACAUGUAUUUGACCCACGUUUAUGGGGAUAACAAUAGCAACCUGAUUCACAUCCAGCAGAUCUCAGGUGCGAAUGUGGUGGUUCAUGAUCCAAAUCCUGGGGCCUCGGAGGGUUUGGUUAUCGUCUCUGGUGCUCCUGAGCAAACUCGUGCUGCUCAAACCCUCAUCCAAGCUUUCAUUUUUUGUGGGCAGGCAGCAGCCUGACACAAUGACAGCAUUCAAUCUGUAGAUCAUAGUGUUUCUUAGGUUAGGAUCUUUAAUGAGUAUCAUGUCAAGGUUUUCAUGUCAUGACGUAAAUUUUAGAGAAAAUAUGACUCAUAAAAGACUUACCUCCUCACUUUAGCAUUUUUAAGGGUUAAGGUACAAAUCUACCUAAGAAUAUUAAUGGACACUUUUGCAUCCAAGUUAAUAUUAUGGUGCCAAUUUUGUAUUUGUGUAUUUUUUGAAUAGAUUUGUAACUUAGCCCAUCUUUAAUUUAGGAAAAAUUAAUCUUUGGGUUGUUGAUCCCUUUAUAA